ACAAGCCAGUACUUUCUGUAUUGCUAUUUUUUCUUUCAAUUAAUUUUUCUGUUUCAAAUUACAUAUUUAGACAUUUACGUUUCGACAUGCAUUGCUUCUUUUUGUUCAUUGUGCUAUGUAGCCUCAGUUUUCUUUAGAUUAACAGAUGUUAACAUCUAAGCUAUUUUUUCUAAACAUUAUUUAAAUGCUUCUCUUUGAAGAGCCAACAGAGCAUGAGAAAACAGUUGAAGAAAGAUUCUUUGAAGCUGUUUACCCAAUUGAAGCACAUAAGGAAGUUGAAGAAGAGGAAGAACAAGAGGUCAUUUCUGAAGAACUGGAGACUCAUCGCGUUGAAGUGCCUGAGAUAACAAAGAGGCAUGUCCCAGAAGAAAGAAAGCCUGUUCCUGUCCCAAAAGAAGCUCCACCUGCUAAAGGUACUUCUUCUAUCCAUGUUUAAGAAAACAUCUUACUAUCUUGCAAUAUAUUUUUGUAAGCUGUCUUGAAUGUUUUCAUGUAUCUGCUAUCUAUGUGCCUUUUAUUUUGCCUGAUCUCCUUUCUUUGCCUUGUGCUGUAUCUUAGUUUACAGUGCUUGAAUGUGUCUCAGUGUUGGCUCUUCUCUUUCCUAACACUCUUGUGUUUGUUUCUUGUGUUUGCUUUGACUGUGUGUUUUUUGCAGAUAAGAGUUGGAUAUUUUUCCUUUUAGAGUGCCACGAAAAAUUAUAGCACAUAAAUGUUGAUUUUGGAA